AAGAGAGGGCAACUUUAGAAGAAUAAGGCACAGCCCUUUUCCCAUCAGCCUUAGCGGCGAGCGAAGGAAAAUGAAAACGGCCAUGUCGUGGUAGAAAAUCAGUCUGGGAACGAAAAACAGAUUUCGUGAAAGUAAGUGCGUUUUUAUAACCGGGAGACAAACAUGAGCGGAGGAGGAACGCCAUACAUUGGUAGCAAAAUUAGCCUAAUCUCCAAGGCCGAGAUUCGCUAUGAAGGAAUUUUGUACACCAUUGAUACUGAAAACUCGACAGUAGCUCUUGCUAAAGUUCGCUCUUUUGGAACUGAAGACCGGCCCACCGACAGGCCUAUUCCACCUCGGGAUGAAGUGUUUGAGUAUAUUAUCUUUCGAGGAAGUGACAUUAAAGACCUGACAGUGUGUGAGCCACCCAAAGCCACUAGCUGCCUGCCUCAGGACCCUGCCAUAGUUCAGUCAUCAGUUGGAACCACCAGCGCUGCAGCAGCACCAUCAUUCCCAUCAGCUGGGCCCUAUGCUCCAUACAACAGGGCUCCUGGCCCAUCAUACAAUCAGUUUGGUGUUACACCCCUCGCAGCUCAGCAGUUUGGCUCUGCUGGAGCAGGAGGGCGCACUAGUCCUCAGCUGGACGCUUUAACAAAGAGUUCCACUCUGGAGCAAGUGGUGCAGACCCCACCGUCAGCUGCCCCAGCACCACCUGCACCUGUAGGACAGAGGAGUCAGACGGGGGCGGCAGCCCCGAGACCCACCGGCACCACCGCUGGCAGCCAGAAGCCCCCGGACCUGCUGGAGCAGAGAAAAGCUCCUGAAGUCCAGAAGGUGUCACAGCCAGAUAAUGAGCACGGAACUGUUGAAAACCGGGAUCCUAACAGGCAUCAAGCUGCUGCUGCUGCUCAAUCCAGCCGCCGUGGCCGUGCAAGAGGAAACCGCAGCAGAGGCAAAGUGAAUGUGCGCAGGGACAGCCCGAUGAAAUUUGAAGAAGACUUUGACUUUGAGACCGCCAACGCCCAGUUCCACAAAGAUGAGAUUGACAAAGAGCUCCAGAACAAGCUCAAACUGAAAGAUGACAAGGUCCUGAAUGGAGAAGAAACGGCUGACUCAGAACAUCUGGCCAAUGAGGAGGAGGCGGCUGUGAUAAACACGUGUUACUAUGACAAGUCCAAGUCCUUCUUUGAUAACCUGUCCUGUGAUGACUCGAGUAAAUCGGGCGAAAGAGGAUUUUCAAGGGAGCGGAGGCCGACUUGGGCAGAAGAGAGACGAAUGAAUUCGGAGACAUUCGGCAUCCCUCUGAGACACAAUCGAGGAAGAGGGGGGUUCCGUGGCCGAGGCUUCAUGGGGCCCCGCGGAGGCCGAGGGCGACCUCUGAGCAGAGGAUCGUUCGGGCCGCCCCGAGGUGCCCCACCUGGUUUCAGGGGCGCGUUCAGAGGUGGCAGAGGAGGCCGGGAUUUCUCCGAUUUUGAGUACAGGAAGGAUAACAAGGUGGCUGCAUAGUACUGCAGCGACGGAUUCACAGAGAAUUGUAGCUCCUGAUACUGAAAUGAUUCCUGUUGAAGAAGUUGUUUGCUCUCAGCAUUUGACACAAAGAAUGAAGUCAUCCUCUCACUCACCAGCACUGGGGUCGCCUCCUUUACAUCAGGGGGUGAGAGUGCACCUCCCUUUUCUCCGCUGUGAGAAAAGGGCUUUUUGUUUUGUGCCCCGGCCACCAGAUUGACAAGAGCAUGUGUAAAUACCGUGCUUUGGAGUAAUUCUGUAUUUUUGCAUAAAUCAAGUUCAUUUCUUACUGAAGUUUGAGCCUUUGAUAUUGAAGGCUGUAUGCAGGAAUCCCACUGAUACUGUGAGUGGAUCACAGUUCAUGUGAUCAAUAGCUUUAUUUUCUCUUGGUUUUUGAUAUCAUGACGUGUGUUGGCACCAGAACUCACUGCAUUUCCUGCUGCUUCAUGUCUGUUUGUGUUCGGACUUUGGUUGCCAUUUGUUCAGUAUUUUCGCCCAGUUUGCAAAAUUUCUUUUUUUUGAACAUCCAUAAUUUCUCAUUGAAGUAGGGAUUUCAAAGCCAGCUGAAAGAUACAAAAUCAAAAUUGAGUAUUGUAAUAAAAGAAUGUAUAUUGGGGGCCAUCUUCACCUUUGAGAACUGGCAACCUAUCCAGGGUGUUUCCUGCCUCUGGCCCAGUGUCAGAUGGUUUCAACACCAGCCACCCCCCCCCCCCCACGGCCCUCAAAAUGAUGAUUUUUGGCUCUCCAGACAGACUUUUAGUUUAGAUUAAAGAAUAUACAUGUAUUCAGUAUCUAGAAAGCCCUGAAACCUUCCACAUCAGAUGAAUUGUUUCUGUUUGUAGGUGAACCUCUGGGGGCCUGUUGAAAGCCUAAUGCAGGCCAUCAGUAGGAUCCAGUCUUUGGAUUGACAUAUGGGUUUACAGCAUUAGCCUUAGAAGUAUUUGUUCACUGUAGAUUUUCUUUGAUCGGGUCUGUUUUUUAUAGAUGACUAAAGAAAGUGCAUUCCCAUGAUUUGUGUCUGUGAAAGAGGAGCAUCUGUUGCUAUCAGUGCUUUACGCAGUUGUUCGAAGGGAAAACCCUGAGUUUAUUCAGGCAGAACUCGUUGUCAGAAAGGACCUUUAUCAAGUUAUAUUUGGACAUCAAAUACUCUGCUAUUUUGCCAAAAAAGAACAUGUGAGCAUUUGGUUGACCAAAAGUAAGUGACAGCUCAUUUCAGAAGUACCUGUUAAAUCUACCUUUCGAUGUCCAAAACGUACUGAGCCACCUGUUAAAUGUGUUGUUUUUUUUUGUUUUUUUAAAUCAAACCUUUGAAUUGUCUUACAGUUACAGUCGUCAUCUGUGUUUGUUAGCUGUUUCACUGCAAAACUGCGUGCUUGCAGUGUUGUAGGGUUCGUUGUCUAAAUGGGAAAUAUUGUAAAUGGAUUAAAUGAUGUCUCAAAAUUUACGUUUCAAUACAAAUUUCUGAUCGCUAUCAGCCAUCGGGCUUGUUUGCAGCUCCUCUUGUUGCAAUGUUGUCAAUGUGAGUGUUCUUUGGAGUAAAUUUAUUUUUUUGUACUAACUUGUGAACAAAGGGACAAGAGCUGGGUGUGAUUCCAGUGUAUUGGGGGGAGGUGGGAUUUUUUUUUUUUUUUUCGUUUUUGACUCUGAUUUGUUAGUACUUUAGAGACCUCGGAGUACUUUUGCCUUCAGGGUGGUGAACUUUUUACAGCUGUCCCUUUAACUUAAAGGUUACCUUUUGACAAAAGUAUUGAUAGCACUACAGAAUCAAAGUAGAUCCUUCUCGUCAGCUGUGGCUGUUCAGGGCAAAGCAGCCCAGUUGAAAACGUGCUGUUUAACUGGAUAUUGCACAGAUUGCUAACCACUGCAUGAUAGCCGUAGGAACCAUCACUUUAUACAGGCUUUCGCAAUAACCAGCAAGACUGAAUUAGAGACAAAAUGUAUUACUGAACUAUUAAAAACUGACGCAUUUUCAUAUGUUUGUUACUCCUUCCAGUCAGUGGAAUUGUAAACCAGGAAUUGUUUUCUUGACAAUAUAAACAAAAUUGAGUUUUUACGUAAAAUAAAGACUUGUACAAUA